AUGGCGUCCCCUCCUUUCAAAAGUUUUGUCUCAUUCACCGAAACAUGGCAUAAUAGGCCUUAUCCGGCCAUCUCACCCACGAGGCCGGAGCUUUCAGUGGCUGGGAAGAGCGUCGUCAUCACGGGCGGAGGAACGGGCAUUGGGAAAGCCGCUGCGAUUGCCUUCGCUCAAGCCGGCGCCAAAUCGGUUUCCAUCAUAGGACGUAGGCUCGACCGCCUCCAGAGUGCCGGGGCGGCAAUCACGGAAGCCAACCCUUCGACUCAAGUGGUCCUGCAGACGGGCGACGUCGCCAAUCGCACAUCCAUCGAGACCGCUUUAGGUGCCGUUGUGGCGAGCAUAGGCGGCAAGAUCGACAUAUUCCUUAACAACGCCGGCGUGCUUGCAAAGGAGGCUACAGUAAUCGACUAUCCCGAGUCGGAGGUCCGGAAAUCUUUCGAGAUCAACCUCAUGGGCUCUUUCAACGCACUGCAGGCAUUCACCCCGCUGGCCGCUCCCGGCGCAAAGUUCCUCAACACAGGAAGUGGCAUCAGUCACUGGUCUCCUCUUCCGGAAGUGCCCGGGGUGUGGAGCUACGCAGCCUCAAAAGCAGCAGCGCUGAAGAUGAUCGAUUAUUAUGCGUCCGAGAACCCGAAUAUUCACGUCGUAAGCAUUCAGCCAGGUAUCAUUAGCACGGAGAUCAAUCCAAGUAUCCCCGUGGGGCCAGACACAGUGGAGUUGCCUGCGCACUUUCUCGUGUGGAUUGCGUCGGAUGAAGCUGCAUUUCUGAGGAACAAGUUCGUCUGGGCAAACUGGGAUGCGGAAGAACUCAAGGCUCGGGCGGAAGAGAUUGAGACAUCAUCUCUACUGAGGGUAUCUCUGAAUGGUGUCGAUAUGUAG